UCCACAGUGAUAAAGAAGAAACCUUCCCGGGAAGUGAGGCCAAGAGCGCUUUGGCGGCGGGCUCGCCACGCCCGGGCUUCGGAUCCUGGGCUCAAAGGUGACCCGCUGCGCAGGAACCCCGUGAGGUUGGCGCCUGGCCCCAAGGUGCCGCUGGCUCCAGUCGGCUGCUAGUCUGAGCGUCACUCGUGAUAAACCGCCCGCGGAGCCCGCGGCGGGAGAAGGAGUCCAUUCCACUCAGCAGCCGAUGCAAAUCCCCGCGGCUCCUGCGCGCGUGUGGUUUGGAGAUCUGGAUUGGAGGGGGGGCGCCCCCAAUCAAAUCUCGCACGGAGACGGAGGGGACGCUGAGAGAGGCGGCCGGGACAGCUGCAGCGAGGUGUGGAUUGGCUACUUGGGGAUGGGACCCCAACCCCACUUCCUGUGACCUGGCACCUGCCUUUCUGUGGGGAUGCCUCUACACCACCAAAAAACAGACUCUGUGGAGAUGGACCCUGACUUGUCUCUCAGCUGCAGGCAGGGUGACCUGAGCAGAGGGGGCAGUCUGGAGAGUCGGAGCAGCAGUUCUCGCUCCAGAAGCUUCACGCUGGAUGAUGAGAGCCUGAAAUAUCUCACUCAUGAAGAGAAGGAUGUCAUCUUGUUUUUUGAAGAGACAAUUGAUGCCCUGGAAGAUGACUUGGAGGAGCAGGAUCUGUGUGAUAGUGGGGUGCUCUGCCACUCCCCACCGUCUCUGGAAGAGAGCACCUCCAGUCAUUCAGAGUCUGAAGAUGUCAUCGAUUUAGUGCCACCAGGACCUGCAGCCGGGCAGGCUGGGGGCCCACUACAGGAGACUCGGGCAGCAGAGACAGAGACACCAAAACACCACUCCACCAUCCAUUUCAUCUGGUUGUUGUCCACAAAGUUCCCACAUGGUCUCAUGGAUGAAAUUAUCAGAGUACUGGUAGCUAGCUUAUGGUGGUGCAAGGAAUUGAAUCAGGACCUCAGCACCUCGGGGCCUGAACAUGUUGGAAAAGAAGACAUUCCCGUCCUUGGCCUUGGGAGACAAGAUGCCGAGCCUUCUCCACCACUGGACUCCCCUGACCUGCUUGUUCCCAAGGUACCUGGUCGCCCCCAGAGAGAGCUGCUGUCCCCCUCACCCCCAGCUGAGCACCCCAAACUUCCCCGCUCUGUGCCCACUCCGCUGGUCAUUGCCCAGAAGAUUUCAGAGAAGCUAGCUGGAGAGGAGGCCCUCUCACUCUCUGCACCCUGGCAGGAGGGCCGGCCUGGAGAACGCAGGACCCCCAGCUCACCAGCACCUCGGGGUGUAGAUGCAGGGCCCAAGUUGCACCGCUUCCCCAGUAACAUCAGCCUGACCAAUAGCGCAGGCCGGGACUUCAACCAGACCAUCUCCAGGGCAGCAGUCAGCGUGCAAGAACGCAAGGCCCGCGUGCUGGCCAACAUCCAUGGUGCCUCCUUCCUGGCGGGAGGUGACCUGGAUGAGAGGGUCCCCCGGAGUCAGGCAGCCCCAUCCGGCCCCACCAGGGAAGUGCCCAGCAGCCAGCAGUCCCGGGCAGUGCAGACGGACCACACCCCAUCCUGGCACAAUGGCUUCCAGAGCAUCCAUGACGUCCUCCGGAGCCAGCCUGGGGCCUUUGUAGCCACCGGAAAGACUGUCACCAUCCGGCCUGACCCAGCCAUCACAGGCAGGCUGGCCCGCCAGAACGCCAGUAAGAGCUUCUAUGAGCCCCGGCCCGUGGACUGUGGCCAGGAUGCCAGGAAGCGCUCAGGGUCUCUGCCCAGGGCAGUGGGCUUUAGGCCCCAGGGCAUCACGGUCCAGUUCUCAGGCAGGGGCUCCACGGAGGAAGCCCGGAGGGAGGCCCUGAGAAAGCUUGGGCUACUGAAGGAGAACUUGUGAUGAUGAGGAGGAAGAGGUGGCUGACUGGGCCUACCAGCUCCACAUGACACCCGCUGUUUCUCUUCCACCCAGCGUUGGUACCGGGUGUCCCUGCUAGCAAAAUGCAGGACCUCUUGACCCUUAAUGAUGCACAUUAAGGUCAUGUCCCCACUGAGGACUUAGUAGCUGGGAUACCCUUUGGGAAGGAGAGUCUUUCUUUCCCUCAGUACUAAAGACGGAAUAACCUUGAACACCUGUAGGUCUCUAAGAUUUACAAUUGUCCUAAAUUUUCUGGAUUUAUGAGGAGGGGAUUGGAUCAGAUUUGUGAUUCUUGAGUCUCUAAUCCAGCCUUUCAUCCUGAACACAUGGCAUGAAAGCCAGUUUAGAUUGCCUCAAGUCCCUAAGAAAGGGACCACAUUCUCCUUUUCCAGAGGGAAAAAAAAAAAAAAAAAAGAAAUGCUUGUUCCAUUCUAUAAAGCACUAAUAUGCUUUGUUGGUUUGUGUUCAAAGAGGAACAGAGGGCAUGUUAACCCUACAUAUACUUGUGUGUCUUGCUAUAGUUUUGUUUCCUCAGGUUUCUUUUGUCUUGAAAUUGAAAUGAACCCUCCAGAGUUGAAUUUACUAUAAUGGUAGGCUUGUGGGAGUGGAGGAGAAAGGAGCUUGGAGAAGGUAGUGAUUUUGAGAGAGCAAGUCCCAUAGGACAACAGCGCCUGUGUUGAUGUGUGUACAUGUACAUAGUGUGUGUGCAUAGACAUAUAUGCCACCAUGCAUGGGUACUGUCUGUAAGCAUCCUUUAGGACAGAGAAGCCCCUGGAUAGCCUGUGGUGAAAAUAGCACUGCUAUACACGACACAGAAAUGGUCACCUCCUAAUACAGCAGUCUUUUUAGGGUCAACUUCCAUGAUAUUUCAGCAAACUAAAUAUGCUGUUUCCUUAACAGCACAUGGUUCUGUCCCACCUAAUUUUCUAAAUAAGCAAGGUCUUUCCCGUGUGUGUGUGUGUGUGUGUGUGUGUGUGUUUGUGUGUGUGUGUAGAACAUCUGUAGGGGCCUCUUAUCACCUCAUUUUAAUUUAUCCAAGGCAGCUUGUGAACUGAAGGAAAUAAAAGAUUCUUAAGAUGCCCUCUUGAUUCUGUUCCAGGAGCAAGAUCUCAGGAUUAAGUUAAAAGGGAAAAACACAGCGAACUAGGUUACACAGCAUGAAAAGAGCUGGUUUUCUCCCAGAUGAUGCCUUCCACGAGGCUUGAGAUCUGCAGCCACAAGCCUUAUUAUCACAGCUAUUUAAGGCUGGAGUCUUAAACCUCUAAAAAUAGACCAGGGAGGGCCUGCAUGAGAAUCCACGCCCUCUUGUUGUUAUGCCUCAGCCACAAGAUCUGUUUCUUUCCUGUUGAGUAUUAUUUAAAUUUGAUCAUCUUUUCAAUGUCCAGGAUGUUUGUCAUAGUAUUUCAUGUGCCUUGUGAGUUACAUAAAAUGAUUGUGAAUUUGUGCCUUGUGUAUCCUUUCCCAUUCCUCCUCCUAAAAUAAUCUCAUAGGUUCUUGAUGGUCCUAAUUUAAAUAGGUGCUUUGAUUUUUCAGGCCUUUUUAAAUUGUUUUUAUUGUCUUCCUGUCUAUGUUGGAUUUGUUUAAAGGGCUCCUAGGGACUUUAUUUCCUUGUUACAAAGGGAGAUGCCAUUUACAGUGUUUAAUAGACAGUUUGAUGUGGCUAAUAUUUUAAAUACCCUUGCUACAUAAAGAAAGAGCCUUUUCUUUUUCUCUCUCCUGGGCUUUCCUUGUGGUUGAGAUGUAUUUGACUAUCUAUUCUUAUAUUUGUUCUCAUAAUGACAUCUUUGAAAAAUAAAUGUAGAUUUCUUGUAAAUAUAA